UGGCAUACGCUGCGAUAGUACGCCACGAGCCGCGUAAACGAUUGGAUGUAAACAGUUUCGAGUGCGCAUAGCAGAGCACGGCACAGCAAGCGAACGGCGUUUGUGUUUUGUUAGUGUUUGUGUGUGUGUGUGUGAACUUUAAGUUUUAAAUUGCGUUUUAAUUCAUGAAAAUAGCUGGUAUUAUAGUUAGCUGGAAGGCGGGAAAGUUGCGACGAGAAACUACAUAUAUGCACUACAAACACAUAUGUACAUAUAUGUACAUAUAUCUCAUAUGCAUUUGGUGUGUGUGUGGGCAAAGAAUUUUUGAAUAAAAAAUCGUAAUUUGAAACUUAUUUCCUCAAUGAUGCUGCACAAAUGCAAUCGCGGUGUAUUUUUAAAUGCAAAAAUGUGCGGAAAAUAAUUUUUCUAAAUAACAACAAGAACUUCGAAGGUGAUUCCAACAAAAACAAAAUAUGAAAAACCAAACCAAAAAAUUCAAAAACCACUAGUGUAUGCAAUUUGUAUUUGACUCAGUGCAUUUGAGUUGUGUUUGUGUUUGGGUUAAGAGCACAACGUCCGCCCAAAAGUUCAACGAUUUAUAAACAAAUAAUUAAAAAAAAAUAUAUAUACAACAAAAAUAACAAUAACAACAAAUAUGUCGAAUAUCAGUCUAUCCACGUUGAACUCCCUCGACUCUGAGGAAGCCACAACAAGUGAUUUCAUUACGAAUCUCUCCACAAGCACCACGCCAAGCAUCAUCGAACAAUCACUGACUUUGUAUCAUAAUCGGCGCCGCUUGCUAUUCAGUGGCUUUGUGCUGUUGCUUGGCGUUAUUGGCAAUUCUUUGGCGCUGGCGAUUUUGGCGCGCAAAAAGGCGACGAAGAAUAGCAAGUAUACGUUGUUGUUACGUUGCUUGGUAUCAAAUAACCUAAUCGGUCUGCUCGGCAUACUAACGACGCUAUUGGUUAAAAUAUAUGUACCAGAGGAUGAGCUCAAGGCCUACGUGCGUUGGGAUUGCACGCUGAAAGUUUUGUGUCGCUUCUUUGGACUUAGUUCCGGUUGUAUAGCGGCAGUGAUGGCGGUUGAACGUUUCAUGGCGCUGGCUAGACCAUUCAUCUAUCAUAAGCACAUCACAUACGCGCUUGUGCGUAAAACCAUCAAUUUAUUGGUGUUCAUCGCCGUGGUCGUCACGUUUUUGCCCUUCACCGGUUUUGGCGCCUACAUCGAUGAGAGUGAUCCCGCAAAUCCCAAGUGUUUGCGUUACCGCGACGCCGAGGGAUUUUGGAAUAAAACAUAUGCCAUAUUGUUUAUGUCAUUUGGCACCCUUUUGUGCGUCGUAAUUGUCGCUUGUAAUUUGUUCGUGAUGCGUGCGCUGUGUUUAAUCAGUCGCAAGCGUGCCAGCAAACGUCACAUCCACUACGACACGCUGAACCGGGAGAAAAGCAGCAUACACUGCAUUGAAGGCAAAUCGAGCAGCGGCUCGUCGCUGUAUCACCGCAGCAAUAGUGGCACCAUGACAGCCAAUACAUCCCCUGAUGAGAUUAAAUUCGCCAAACUGAUGGCAUUCCUUAGCAUCUCCUUCGUGAUCUGUUGGAUGCCACAAAUGAUUGCCAUACCCAUGGCCAUACUACCGAAUCGUGUGCCGAAGGCGCAUCCCUUCUUCAUUUUGGCCGAUGUGUUGAUGGCGUUGAAUUUCACCUUCGACCCGUACAUCUAUGUGCUCAGCCGCACCAAAGAAUCCAAACUAAUGGGUUGCAUUAAGGACUGUCGCUGCCAGCUGUGAUAUUCACAAAGUGAGGGAAAUGGCUGUCUGAGGAGUUUGUACAACUUCGAGUGUCUACUAGAAGCAUCGCAUUUGAAGUUGAACUGAUUGAGAUUUUUAUAUAAAAAUAAUACUCAGCUGCUGGGCGCAGACGGAUCUCCUACAUUAGUCUUAUAUACACAAACAUACAUUCAUAUAUUUAAUUUUAUACAGUUAAAAAUCGAGCGAUUCGUAUGCUUUUAGUAUAUGUAAAUAGAGUUGUGUAGUUAUUGUUAGGAAAACAAGCACCGCUGGCGGUGUAAUUCGCACUUUCUAUGUGAUUUGCUUUGAGAAUAAAAGUAUUUUUUGUGCUUAAAAUUUCAUGUUGCUAAAUUAAUAAAAUAGAGCAAAUUUAAGCAUAUUUAUCUGCAAGAAAAUAUGAGCAUAUUUUUU